AUGGAUGCCGUUCAAGCGGCUCGAUCCGAUGCUGCGGCCCACAGCGCGGCGUGGGGCUCCUUCUACUGUGUGGCAACGCACCGCUGGGGCUAUGCGUGCUGCCUGCUCUGUGAGAAGGAUGCCGAAUGUGGCAAGGUUCCGGCCCUGGAAGCCGCGAGUGGCGAGUCCGGACUGCCCGGCGAAGGGCUCGUGGGUUCCGUUGCCGCCGCUGGUGGAGCUGCAGCUGCAGUGGCCCAAGAAGCUGCGGAGGCCGCAUCUGCCCCGACCCCUGCGCGGGGGACGGCGGAGGUGGUGCGGAUCUUGGGCAGUGACAAGACGAAGCCCUUCCAGGUCCUGGGACUUCCCACCGUGGGCGCCACCAGCUACGCGGUGAGGACGGCCUUUCGGCGCCUGGCCUUGCUGGUGCACCCGGACAAGAACCCCGGCGAAGAGGAGCGCUGCCACCAGGCGCUCCUCCGUGCGCAGCAGGCGCGGGAAGCGGCGCUGGCGCUCUUAGCGUCGCCACCAAAGGCGGCUGAAGGGGCUGGUGUGCAGGCCCCAAAGGGGCCCACGCGGGGCCCAGCACCAAGGCCCAGGGACGAUGCAGCGAGCGCCGCUCGGGAACCGCAGCACCGGAAGGAGUUCGCCUCGGCGGAGGCAUAUGUUUCCUACGCCUUGCAGUAUGUGUUUGACGAGUGGCAGCGCUUUGUGGACCUGGCACUUGGUGGCCCAAACGACGAGAAGCGAAAGAAGGCCACCGAGAAGCGUGCCGUGGCGGCGGCCGCCUCGGGCGGUGCUGAGGGCGUCUUGAGAUCACAAGUCGCCAUGCAGCAAACCUCCAAGUCGGUGAAGGCCUUGCAGAAGCUGCUGAAGAAUCAGGCGCUUGGCAAUGAUGUGCUCGCCAAAGUAGAGCGAGUCUGCCGUGGCAUGCUGUGCAAGGAGUAUGUUGAAGCCAAUCAGGCUGGUGCCGGGGCAGUUUUGUGCCGGCCAAAGACUCAUAGGACCCUGGAGUUCAUGGACCAGAAGGCGAUCCUCUUCGACGAGGCGGACGAGUCCACGCACGAGCAGAUGCAGUGCCACCAAGAGUUCCAGGGGCUCGUGACACAACUCUUCCUCUCGCACUUGGCAGAGGUCUCCAUCAGUGAAGAGCGCGUGGAAGCCUUUCUGCAGGAGGGUCUGCGGAAAGGGGCGCUGCACCGGGCAUUGGCCGAGCAGCUCUUGGCGGCGGAAGACUUCUUGAGCUUCAAAGCCAUGAUGUGCAAGCACAACGCGGAUCUUUGUCGCGAGGUCAUGACGGUGGACGACAGCGACCCGAAGUCGCCCGGCGUCCAGCUGUCGGGCCUCGUGUCGGAUGUCGUGCCACUUGACGGGGAUGGGCGCAACUCCUUGGAGUCGGGCCUGGACGAGUGGCAGAUCUACGAUGCACCCCAGUGGGAUGCAGGCGCCGAGAGCGACGAGGCACGCCGCAAGCGCGAGGAGGCGGAGCUGCAACAGGCCAUCGCGCUGUCGCUAAGCAUUGAGGAGGAGAAGUUGCGACAGUUGGCCCAGGAGCAUCUUCAUGUGGAGCCUCCUCCUCCGCCUUUGGCUGCCGGCUUCGUCUCAGCGCCCCUGUGCCACCUGCCGCCGAAGCCCUUCCUGGAGGCGUCCUGUUCUCCGCCAGCGGAAGCCACGGACGCGGAGCCCUUCUCGCCGCGGCUGGUGCCGGUGGCGCCCAUGGUCGCGCGGAAGCCGUGGGGAUUCACCUCCGCUCCCUUGAUGGCAAGGCCACGCCCACCGCCAUCUCCACCACCGUCGCCCGCCGAACCCGAGUGCGCCGAGUCCCCGGCGCCUCCGGCGGUGCCGCGGCUCCCGGGCAAGGCCGGCUUCAUCUCGGCGCCGCUCUGCAUGGUGCCACCGAAGCCCCGCGCCCUGGCCGUCCCGACCGCGGCGGAGGAGAACGCGGAAGCGGAGGAGGUGCCAGCACCGCCGACACCGGAGGAAGAGGAGGAGGCUUCGCUGGCGGCGGUGGAGAAGUAUCGCAGCAAUCUACGCCUCUGGAAGAGUAGGGCUUCCCUGGCGGUGGAGCCACUGCCGGAGGUUUUCAAGGAGGCGCGGCGCCUGCGUCUGCUGUCCGAUGAGAGCCAUGUGGAGCCCUCCGAGGAAGAGCGGCUGAAGCGGCUUGAGCAUUUGAGGAGGCAGAGAGACUUGCUCAUCGACAAGCGCAUGCAGGAGCGCCACCAACAACUGGAAGAUUUCGCGCGGCAAGCGCCCGACGUGGACGGAAGAGGUUUGACCCGCGAGGACCAGGCCGCUGUGGGCCGCCGCCUUGUCGCUGAGCUGAGCGGCGCACCGGCCGCGGCCGCGAGCGGCGCAGUGGGGCCCGAGGCAGCUGCCCAGAUGCGGCAGGCACUCACCCGCCAGUUGCUGCAGAGCUUGGCCUCGUCCAUGCAGAGUGAUGCUGCGACCUUGGAAGACCGUUUGAGUCAACUUGAGACCAUGAGAUGGAGCGCAGAGCGGUGA